GAGAAAGAGAGAUUUGAAGUUAGACCUGCAGCUGACAGAGAUAGACAAGAGAGGGGUGGGAGAGAUAGUGGAAGAGACAGGGGUGCAAUGGAGAGAAAGAGGCAGUUUUAAGGGCCCAUUUCUGCGGCCUUUCAUCGCUGCGUGGCCUAGGUUAGCUGGAUUUGAACUUUUUGUAAACUGGGUGUAAGAUAACGAUGUAAAUAAUAAACAACACAGUUAAAGAAAGAAGAAUUUCCCCUUCUGUCACGGCGGACGUCGAUCCACGUCAUUUUAUACAAUUUGAUGGCUGUUACUCAGACGGUGCUCCCUUCCUUCAGCUCUUUCUCCAGCCUCGCUCACUCCAGUGACAUGAUGAAAGUAAGUAGUCGGCUGAAACGCUGUUUUCUUUUAUAAUGUAUCAAAACAAAACAUGAUUUGAAUAAAAUAGUGUUUUUGUGGAUAAAAUGUUUACCUAAACAGCUGACAGAUCAAAUUCAAUCCUAUUACCCUGCGUUAUCUAUAUUAUUGUAAACAGUUUUGUGUAUGUAAAUGUUAUUUUCAAUAACUGUCACAUUCAGAACCUAAUAGCUAGCUUUUAUUUUUAUUUUUAUGUCUGAAACACCUAUUACAUAUUUGUGAUUUAAACAUUUGACCUUAAAGCAGCAACAAUGCCAGUGAUAGAAAUUAAUGGUGCUUGUAGAUGUGUUUGUCGGACUCAUAGGUCUCUUUCCAGAAACAUACUUUUCUUGACCUGAUGCAGUUUUGCCGCUCGUCAGAUAACACAGACAGCUGAAGCUCUAUGUUAGUUUAAGCAGGAAAAUAUCACAUAAAAAUAAGUAAAUAAAUGUUGAUCAUCACCUAGGAAAAUGUCAUUUGUAAUAUGUUUGAUGUACCUCUCUCUGUGACCAUCGUUUCCUAAUGCUCUCCAACAUCCCGCAGGUCUGGCAGUCUGAGGAUGGCUCUCCUCCUCUGGACCCUUUGAGCAACAAACUGUCACCAAACAGCUCCGAACAGCUGCAGGUCUCUCAGAGAGCCGCGGAAGAACUCCAGGAUGAUGAUAGCCAGGAAUCCUGGGAUAUUGAUUUCCUGUUGUCUGAUUGGAGCAGCCCAUCACCGGACCUCAACCCUUCUGUGGACAAUACUGAGCCGCAGCUGCAGCAGUUAGACCCAAACAAAGUGUACCAGGAAGGAGCGUUGUUCAAAGAGCCAACGGGACAGGAACAUGUGCAGAUGAACUGUGGCGGCCUCAUGGCAGAGCUCCUGUCCUCUCCUGAAACCACAGCAGUGGUCCGGCCUGAGCUCUACCAUCAUGGUUAUCAUGACGACCAGAUGGGUCUGACUUCAUUUCCCAGUGUUCCCAGUGUAGAUCAGUUUGGCUUCUCCCAAGGUGGCAGUAUGGAGCGGCACAACAAAGGAAGCCACAGUAAAGUCCAAUCAUGUGACUUUAACCCGUACUAUCCCCCGCCCUCCUUGGUUACCUUCCAUGACAGUAGGUUUAUUCCACCUCAAGCUAUGACCUCUGACCCCCGACACUACAGUUACAUUCCUCAGUUUAACCAUAAUGGCGCUCUGUACUGUGACUAUACCCACUGCCAGGGCACUGGUCAUUUCUCCCUUCAUCCGCAGCCCCUGCUGAUUGGUCCACAGCCACCCCCUGGUGGCGUGGAGGGGAAACGUGGCCGAAGGCCCACAGGGAAGAAGAGGCCUGCUAUCCACAGCUGCGAAUACCCAGGCUGCAGUAAAACAUACACCAAGAGCUCACACCUCAAGGCUCACCUCCGCACCCACACAGGUACGCCUCAUUGACCACAGACACAGUGUAAAAUCAUCUGCAAAAUCAUGUUUUUUUUUCAGUAAUAACAAUCAGUGUUGUUGUUCCCUCUUCAGGGGAAAAGCCGUAUCACUGCUCCUGGGAAGGCUGCAGCUGGAAAUUUGCCCGCUCAGAUGAGCUGACGCGCCACUACCGCAAGCACACAGGCCAGAAACCCUACCAGUGUCUGCUGUGUCAGAGAGCCUUCUCUCGCUCUGACCACCUGGCUCUGCACAUGAAGAGACACACCUGACGCCCAAAUAUGAAAAACACCGCCGUUAAACCCAGCAGAGCUGGAAGAGUACAAUGACAUGUGUACUUUAAGAUUCAUGCUUAACGCUAAUCUUGACCCAAAUCAGCAAAAUGUUCAUUUUCAUUUGUGAUCUCAGAUAUUGUCUUAACAUGUUUCCAGGAUUUUUAGACCAGCUAAUGAUACAGAUCAAAUUGACGACCACAUCCUCAGUAUAAAUGUGAAUUCUUUUGACAGUAAGGACCACCCGGACAAACACUGUACACAUUUUGUGCAUAUAGACAGUAUAUAUAAACACUAAUGAAAGACCUUUUAUUAAAUGUGUUUGACGCAGGUCAUGAUACAUCACAUAGUAAUCGAUCCUGUAUGAUGUUGUAACACACUGAGCAAAGUUAUGCCUGCUUAGCAUCAGUGCUUUGUUGCAUCAGUGCUGGGAUGAUCUGAUAUCUUGUUACUAUGAGAACUAUUCAGAAUGUUUAAUGUACUCUAAACAUCUUCAACUUUAUUUCGGAUUGUUUGAGGUUUUUAAUCUGAAAAAGAAAAAUGGAGCUCUUGUUAUUCUCAUUCAGCAGAAUUCAAAACUGUAAAUAACUUCAAUAACACAGCUUUGACAGUAGCAUCUACAGUGAGCAAUAUAUUUAUUAACAUAAACUUUUAUAUCAACUGAAUGUGUGAUUGUAAAUCUUUUUCAUUAUUAAAGAGUGUUUUAAAGUCUAA